UUUCAGGUUUCAGUCACAGCCCGAGAUGAUGUCCCCUUCUUUGGACCCCCUCUGCCAAAUCCAGCCAUAUUUAGAAAGAGUGUAGAGUUUCGUGAAUUCCUCUUGGUCAAGCUUAUCAAUGCUGAGUACAGCUGCUAUCGAGCUGAGAAAUUUGCUAAAUUAGAGGAAAGAACCCGGAGUGCCCUCUUGGAGAGCCUUUUUGAAGAGCUGCAGCUUCGCAGCCGCAAUAUGAUGGGAUUACCCAUAGCAGAGGAUGACAAGAUAGAGAAUGGCAGCGGGGGCUUCCUUGAGAAUUUCAAGCGGGUGAUCAGAGGCCGCAGCCAGAGCCUGGAUACCAUGGGGAUAUCCAUGAGAAAGCAGCAGCCAGCCACCCUGCCCAGCCGCCCAACUACAGCUGGCCUUGCCCUCAGCCAGACUGUCGCCGAGGGCCCUAAGGCCAUUGCUGCGUCUUUUGCCUUGCCUGGUAGGAGCCCAUCACGUACUCGAGCCAGCUGCUUCCAUGGGCGACGGAGUAGUGCCAUUGGCAUUGAGAACAUACAGGAGGAAAAGAGCAGAGACACUGCAGAGAGGAUACAGAAGGUGCUGGACAGUCCAGGAACUUUCUUUGACCUGAAGUCUGAUGGAUCAUCCAGUCCCAGCUCCCCAGAGUUUCCCAGCAGGAAGAGCAAAAUGCUCAGGAGUCAGACUUCAGGAUACUGUGUGAUGCAGCCAUUCCCAUGUUCCUCAUCCAGUGUAAGCAGUUGUUGUAACGGUUUGAGGGAAAAUGAAACAUCUGAGGAAGAGGAGAAUGACAGGGAGCUGAUGUGCUCUCUUGAGGGCCCUGCAAAACAGGAUUCAAUGGUUCAGAGUAUGUGGCUGGAUGACAGUGACUGCACACCCAGUACUUCCAGCUCACCAGGAAGCAGGUUGCUUCCUUCCAGCAGUGUUGCUGGCUCCACUGGAAAAGGAAAAGGCAGCAAAGCAGAUGCUCAGCACCAUAAUUCAGCCUCCAUUUUGUGCUGUGUGUGA